UCUCGGCCAGGACGCGAGCGGCCCCAGCUACCGCCACCCGCCGGCGCCGUCCCCUAGUCGUCAGCCCCCCUGCACCCAUCCGCGACCCUGGGCUCCCUGCGCGUCGGGCCGGGGCCGGAGCGGCGCGGCCGCAGACUGUCUGGCUUCCCCGUUAUGCCCAUGCUUUGCUAAGUGCUGGUGGUCAUCGAAGUUUUUGCAUCCUGGGGACAAAUCCUGAGCUCACCAGAGACGGACGGCGGAAGGUCCGGGCUCUGGUUCCCUGUGAGAAGCUGCCACGGCCCACCGAGAUGUCCAGACACCACAGCCGCUUCGAAAGAGAUUACCGCGUAGGCUGGGACCGCCGUGAGUGGACUGUCAAUGGGACCCACGGGGCCACCAGUGUCUGCAGCGUCACCUCCGGUGCUGGUGGCGGCACGGCCAGCAGUCUCAGCGCACGACCGGGCCUCCUGCCACUGCCCGUGGUGCCCUCCCGGCUGCCCACUCCCGCCACAGCUCCGGCUCCCUGCACGACCGGCGGCGGCGAAGCCAUCACCAGUCUUGUGGCCAGCUCGGCCUCCGCAGUCACCACCAAGGCUCCGGGCAUCUCCAAAGCUGAAAGUCAGUCCCAGGGACUCACGACAAGCAUCCGAUGGGGGCAGACUCCCAUCAAUCAGUCCACACCCUGGGACACUGAUGAGCCGCCCUCCAAACAGAUGAGGGAGAGCGACAAUCCAGGCACAGGGCCAUGGGUGACCACCGUGGCCGCCGGGAACCAGCCUUCCCUGAUCGCACACUCCUAUGGAGUGGCCCAGCCUCCUACCUUCAGUCCGGCUGUGAACGUCCAGGCCCCAGUCAUCGGGGUGACUCCCUCACUGCCUCCGCAUGUGGGGCCCCAGCUCCCGCUGAUGCCAGGCCACUACUCCCUCCCGCAGCCGCCCUCCCAACCGCUGAGCAGCGUGGUGGUGAACAUGCCUGCUCAGGCCCUGUACGCCAGCCCUCAGCCCCUGGCGGUAUCCGCUUUGCCUGGAGUAGGACAGGUAGCCCGCCCGGGACCCACUGCCGUGGGCAACGGCCACAUGGCAGGGCCCCUGCUGCCUCCACCUCCGCCAGCCCAGCCAUCUGCCGCUCUCCCCAAUAGUGCUCCUGCCACUAAUGGGCCCCCCACAACAGACUCGGCCCAUGGGCUACAAAUGCUUCGGACCAUUGGAGUGGGGAAGUAUGAGUUCACCGACCCAGGGCACCCUAAAGAAAUGUUGAAGGAAUUGAACCAGCAACGCAGAGCGAAAGCGUUUACAGACCUGAAAAUUGUUGUUGAAGGCAGAGAGUUUGAAGUCCACCAAAAUGUUCUAGCUUCCUGCAGCUUGUAUUUCAAGGACCUGAUUCAAAGGUCGGUGCAGGACGGCAGCCAGGGCAGCCGGGAGAAGCUGGAGCUGGUGCUGUCCAACCUGCAGGCUGAUGUGCUGGAGUUACUGCUGGAGUUUGUCUACACCGGGUCUCUGGUCAUCGACUCAGCCAAUGCCAAGACUCUGCUUGAGGCAGCCAGCAAGUUCCAGUUCCACACCUUCUGCAAGGUCUGCGUGUCCUUUCUCGAGAAGCAGCUGACCGCCAGCAACUGUCUAGGAGUGCUGGCCAUGGCUGAGGCCAUGCAGUGCAGCGAGCUCUACCACAUGGCCAAGGCCUUCGCGCUGCAGAUCUUCCCCGAGGUGGCCGCCCAGGAGGAGAUCCUCAGCAUCUCUAAGGAUGACUUUAUCGCCUACGUCUCCAAUGACAGCCUCAACACCAAGGCCGAGGAGCUGGUCUACGAAACUGUCAUCAAGUGGAUCAAGAAGGACCCAGCAGCACGUGCACAGUAUGCUGCGGAGCUGCUAGCCGCGGUCCGCCUUCCGUUCAUCCACCCCAGCUACCUGCUUAAUGUGGUGGACAACGAAGAGCUCAUCAAGUCAUCAGAGGCAUGUCGGGACCUGGUCAAUGAGGCUAAACGCUACCACAUGCUGCCCCACGCCCGGCAGGAGAUGCAGACACCCCGAACCCGGCCCCGCCUAUCUGCAGGUGUGGCCGAGGUCAUCGUUUUGGUCGGAGGCCGUCAGAUGGUGGGGAUGACCCAGCGCUCCCUGGUGGCUGUCACCUGCUGGAACCCGCAGAACAACAAGUGGUACCCCUUGGCCUCACUGCCUUUCUAUGACCGAGAGUUCUUCAGCGUAGUGAGUGCCGGGGACAACAUCUACCUCUCAGGUGGUAUGGAAUCGGGGGUGACGCUGGCUGAUGUCUGGUGCUACAUGUCCCUAUUGGAUAACUGGAACCUCGUCUCCAGAAUGACUGUCCCUCGCUGUCGCCACAAUAGUCUCGUCUAUGAUGGGAAGAUUUACACACUUGGGGGACUUGGCGCGGCAGGCAACGUGGACCAUGUGGAGAGAUAUGACACUAUCACCAACCAAUGGGAGGCGGUAGCCCCUCUACCUAAGGCAGUACAUUCGGCAGCGGCCACUGUGUGUGGUGGCAAGAUCUACGUGUUUGGUGGGGUGAAUGAGGCAGGUCGAGCCGCAGGUGUCCUUCAGUCCUAUGUACCACAGACCAACACGUGGAGCUUCAUUGAGUCCCCAAUGAUAGACAACAAGUAUGCACCCGCUGUCACCCUCAACGGCUUUGUGUUCAUCCUGGGAGGAGCUUAUGCCAGAGCCACCACCAUCUACGACCCGGAGAAAGGCAACAUCAAGGCGGGGCCAAACAUGAAUCACUCUCGGCAGUUCUGCAGCUCCUGCCUCCAGAUUCCAACCCUGCUCGAAUUCCCGCCUGACUUCCUCCAAUUGAUGGACUAUGAUCUGGAAGUUGCUGUGGUGCUCGAUGGUAAAAUUUAUGCAACCGGAGGCAUCGUGAGCAGCGAGGGACCAGCCCUGGGCAACAUGGAAGCCUACGAGCCCACAACCAACACAUGGACCCUCCUACCCCACAUGCCCUGUCCUGUGUUCAGACACGGCUGUGUCGUGAUAAAGAAAUAUAUUCAAAGCGGCUGACAUCAGCAGAGAGCCCGGGACAAGUCUAUGGGACAAGUCUGGUGAGGCAAAAAUGCCACACACCACGGUUAUCUUUCAACACCAACGAGAGGCCCACAACACACAAUCAAGAUUCUCACUGCGCUAACAUUUCGAAUAUUCUCUACACUGAAUGUAGAAAAUCAUCCUUGCCUUUUGGGUGAAGCGGGGCACAGUGCUCCGGGCAGCAGGAACCUGGAACGCGCGGAGCCGGGGCUCAUUGGCCAGCCGAGGCGCUUGCUCUGAACAGGGGCACUCACUCUGCCCGGUGCAAUAGUUCCACAUAUUUUUCAACUGGGAGAGAAGCUGGUUUUUUUGUUGUUUUUUUUUUUUUUUUUUCUUCUUGCAGAGCAAGCUUGAUCCCGAAACCACCAUAGAUCAGUUAUCCUGUGACAAUACCGGGCAUCAGGCUCUUUUGGAAUUAGAUCAAAGUGUCCUUACCACUUUGAUUCCUACUUUUUUUUUUUAACCAGUCUAUACUUUCAAGUGGCCGAGAGAGAAAAUGAGGAAUGGGACUGUGCAGCACCAAGGCCUAGAAGAGGGGCUGGUUGCCACCAGAUAAGAAAGAGGGCCAGCUGCUUGUGCAGGGCCAGGGCUGGCAGCCGCGGGGAUCGCUGGGAAGAGCCGCCUGUCCUUCAUGGGUUUUUCUACCAUGUUUUUGCUGCAAAAGGACAUGGUGGAUACGCUAGCUUUCUCUUAGCCAGUAUGAAUUAUUUAGAUAUCCAAGGCAUUUUCUUGAUACACAAAAGGCUAUUUUUAAGUACUGAGAAGAGGAGGCCACAAGAGGGACAACGCUGUGGGGCUUCCCAAAGCUCUUUGUAGGUAGUACCAGAGGCGGGGCACUUGCUCUCAUUUUUCUAUGUGCAGAAUAGAGGAUCUCUCCUGAGGUGGGCCAUGCCCCCACUUUAUUUUUGGAAAAAGUGAACUCCCAGACAGUCCCAGAAGACUGUGCCUCGCGGAGGCAUUGUCAGAGGGAAGGGUCUAUUCUAGAAGAACACAGUUCUGGCUCCUGACGCCAGUACAGCUCCCUCCGUGAGGUAAAGCUGAGGACCCAGGCCCUGGGAAAGGGACUGAGGGAGGGAGGGAGGGAGAAGAAAUGUCUACAAAGCACAGGAGACUAUUUUUGAUAUUUAUAGCUAUAUAUUCAAGGCACCUGCCACGAGAGCUCUCAGGAUGGGGACAGCCUUCUUAGACGAGCCAUGACAGCCACGGCCAGAGGGGAACAAGCAGAAGCACUCUCCUUGUUGCCUUGUUGCAUUGUAACCUGAGAAAAGGGAAGCCAGGAGAGGUCCGGAGGAGGCUCAAAAGAGAAAGGCCUUCCCAUUAGUCCUUAGACCCUCAAACCUCACCCGGUCAUCAGUUUCCAUUCCAGGGCAGGAAGAAGGCCGCCGCCACCGUGCUGUUUAGUUGAAGUUAGUACCAAAUACACACCAUUUUUCUACCUGGAAAGUCAGCUCGCCAUCACUUCAUGAUAAGAACCACUGACAGAGAGAAAGAGACAGUCCAUGCUUUUCCAUCACUCAGUAUUGGAUGACACAAAAUUCCAGUCCUAACGACGGGCAUCAACUUCUAGCGUUGCAAGUGCAGCUCCCACUUGACAAGAUACUGAGCUUCGUUAUGCAGUUUUUAAUAUUAUUUAUUAUUUAAAAAAAGUAAUAAGCACAAAACUACAUACAUUGUAUGUCAUUUAAAGUAUUUAUGUCAAACAGGGUGCAAGUGUGAACCCAAGGACUGGAGCACAAAUUUCUAACUGCCUGGGGCAGGGCGAAUGUGAGCAUUGGUGUGCGUCUGCCUCCAAGGGAGGUAUUAGUGGUCAACAAGACUCCGUGGAUGACACUGAAAUUCCGUUUCUCUCCUCAUCUAUCACACUGGAGCAAAACUGGCUAUUUCUGUGAAUGAUACAAAACAGGGUUCUCUGUAAUGGUAUUGUAUAUAGUAUAUGUUUAUUGUUAAGUUGUUAUAUUAUAAUAAAUAUAUUUAUAGAUCUAGA